AUCGAUUGUUGGGCAUUCGGCUUUUUUGUUUAUAUUUGCUUGUUGGCAUUUUCAGUUCUUAGAGCAGUUAUUUUAAACGUUAAUUAGUUUAACUAAGCAAUGCCAGUGACCAGGCAAUUCGAAAAGUAAUUUACAUAUCCGAGCUGAACGGAGACGAGCCCCAAAAAUGGCCUUCCUGGGCGACUGUGUGAUCGUAUUUGUGUCGCAGAUGGUGUUCUUCGCCGGCGGCUGGUUGUUUUUCAACAAGGAACUCUUCAAGCACUAUGAGAUCCGACACAUAUCCGUUCAGUUGAUCUUUUCAUCCACAUUCGCGCUAUCCAUUACCAUGUUCGAGUUGAUCAUAUUCGAAAUCAUCGGCGUUCUGGAGUCCAGUUCGCGGUACUUUCAUUGGCGACUGGGUCUCACGUUGCUACUGUUUAUGACGACGGCUGUGAUACCCAUUUACAUUUGCUACUCUGUGAUACACAGCAUUUCGAUCUUUUCCGAUAGAUGGGUCAGAAUUCUGACCACAUUCUGUUGGUUCGUCUUUCUCUACGGACUCUGGCGGAUUGGGGAGCCAUUUCCCUUGCUAAGCGCCUCCCAUGGCAUCUUUACAAUCGAACAGGGCGUUUCCCGGAUUAGUGUAAUUGGGGUCACCGUAAUGGCCAUCCUCUCUGGCUUCGGUGCCGUCAACUAUCCCUACACCAGCAUGGCCUAUUUCAUCAAGCCAGUGUCGCGGAAUGACAUCAUCUGCUUCGAGCGGCGUUUGGCUCUGACGGUAGACAUGCUGACGGCCAAGAAGCGGAGGAUUUCCCUGGCUGUCUAUAAUCACAACAAACUGCACCCAGCCAAACCCAGAAUUUGGGAUAUGCUGACCUCGGCAGUUCAACGCAACACGAGCAAUGGCGAAGACAUCAAUCAGUUGAAACAAGAAGUUUAUGGCUUGGAGGAGUUACUACGCUCUGUUUUCUUGGAACUAAGUUCUUUAAAAAACAUGGAAGAACGCCAAAGAUGGUCGCAAACAUUGAAGGGAAAAUACUUUAAUGUACUGGGCCACUUUUUUAGUGUUUACUGUGUCUACAAGAUAUUUAUGUGUUGCAUCAACAUCAUCUUCGAUAGAGUGGGCCGCAAAGAUCCAGUGACACGUGGCCUAGAGAUUGCCAUACAUUGGUGCGGUUUUGACAUAGACUUUGCCUUUUGGAAUCAGCAUAUUUCAUUUUUGCUUGUUGGCUGCAUUGUGGUCACCUCCAUAAGAGGAUUGUUGCUAACUCUCACUAAGUUUUUCUACCGCAUUUCAUCGAGCAAGUCGAGCAACAUCAUUGUGCUGAUCUUGGGUCAGAUCAUGGGCAUGUACUUUUGCUCCUCGGUGCUGCUCAUGCGCAUGAACAUGCCAGCCGAGUAUCGGGUGAUCAUCACCGAGGUGCUGGGAAAUCUGCACUUUAACUUCUACCAUCGAUGGUUCGACGUCAUAUUCCUGGUCAGCGCCUUGACCACCAUCAUUGUUCUUUAUCUGUCACGCAAGCCAGUUCGCGUAGACGAUUCCGAUCUGCACUGAUUUGAGCUUGAACGCUUAGGGGCCCUCGGCUCCCCCGUUAGGAUAAGCAGAUUUGAUUUAGAAUCAGUUAGCAUAAUUAUUGCAAGCUUUAAGUUAUGUAAAUCCGUGUAUAUACCAGUGUGUAUGUAUGUAAGUAAUGCAGAAUAAGGUAUCUUAUCUGUAUAUCGAUGCACAAAAAUCAAAGUUACAUAUGUGUAAAAUAAAACAACGAACUGUUUAUCUUUAGAAAAGUA